ACAGUUCGUAUUACAUGGACGUGACAGUAGCCUUGGCCUUAAGUGUUUCCUUUUAGUCACACAAAUGAAGAAGGAAAUCGCGCAGAAAGAAUAUUCUACCACUGGUUUAUCUGCCACGUUGUAUGAUUUUGUUCUUUGUUACGCUGUUAGCUUAUUCAAAUGUCGAUCUAGCAACCUGAAGGGUCUUGUGACAACCAACGUGGGAUUAAAAUGUCAUAGCCUACAAGGUUUGUUGCCUGUUCGCUUAAGAACCUCUGUUGUCCGCCUCUGUCCUCCUCCGAACGUAGAACCCACGUCGAAUACAAACAAGGAGGCUAACGACAAAUAGCCUACAUUUGAUUGAACUCGUGAGGGUAACGAGGGGAAAGUUCAAAGUUGAAAGCCAGCUGAAGUUGACGUGCAAGGAUAGACAGAGAUUGCAUUCUUCCACGCUAACAUUAUCUUCACAGAAACAGUAAGUUUGCCAUCCUUGUAAGGGUAACCCAGAGCGGUAGAUAACCUAUACAAAUCUAACUUACUCCAUGUUUCAUCAUAAUUAAGACGGGCACAUGUUGUUGGCUAUCAGUGUCAUUUUAUGGUGCUGGGGAUUGUUGAGCCGCAGACCGAUGCUGUGCCGCCAGGGCAUGCAGAAAGGCCGCUGUUGCGUCUUGUUCAGUGACCUGAAGGUUUUCCUGCUCAGGCCACCGACACCAUCGGAACCACCGCCAGCGCUCCCACUCAUGAGUGCACCAAACACGGAGAACCAUGUGACGGAAGGCACCGCGGAGAGGAACAACUCUCCAGCGGGGGCCACGGAGAGCACCAAUGGUUGUUUACAUAACCCAGCGGGUUGGACAGAGCCCCCGUCGUCAGGGGAAAAUGUAGGGACCAAGGAGGAGGAAAUGGGAGGCGAGGAGUGGAAAAGCACAACGAUGGAGCUGCCAGGGACUCUGGAUUGCGGCAGCUCCUCCGAGGACAAUUCCAAAGAGAAGUAUGACGAGCGGACAUCUCUAAACAGCUGCACAGACAGCGGCGUAAGGUCUCCCUUGUGCCGGAUCUGUUUUCAGGGCCCUGAGCAGGGGGAGCUGCUGAGCCCGUGCCGCUGCAGCGGGUCGGUCCAGUGCACCCACGAGCCGUGCCUCAUCAAGUGGAUCAGCGAGAGGGGCUCCUGGAGCUGCGAGCUCUGCUCCUACAAGUACCAGGUCAUCGCCAUCAGCACCAAGAACCCACUGCAGUGGCAGACCAUCUCUCUGACGGUGAUAGAGAAGGUGCAGAUAGCGGCGGCGGUGCUGGGCACGCUGUUCCUGAUGGCCAGCAUCUCCUGGCUGGUGUGGUCGUCGCUCAGCCCCUCGGCCAAGUGGCAGCGCCAGGACCUGCUCUUCCAGAUCUGCUACGCCAUGUACGGCUUCAUGGACCUGGUGUGCAUCGCUCUGAUCGUCCACGAGGGUCCGUCUGUGUUCCGCAUUUUUAACCGCUGGCAGGCGGUCAACCAGCAGUGGAAGGUGCUCAACUACGACAAGAUGAAGGACACGGACGAGCACCAGAAAGCGGGGGCCAGCCUGCGGACCCUAACCUUCCCUGGCCCCCACGGGUCCGGCCCGGUUCCGGCCAACGGUCACGUGGGCUCGGCCUCGGGCUCCCCGUCCCUCUCCUCCCUCAUGGCCGCCACGGAGACGCCAACGGCGGUGCCAGUGGACAGCGGCGAGGGGGGGCUGGCGGCGGCGGGCGAGCCUGAGGCGCAGGACUCGUCAGAGAUGUCCGGCGGCGGCGGUGGCGGCGGCACCAAUCACUGUGCGUACAGCAUCCUGCAGCGGCUCAGCCUACAGCUCCGGACGCAGCCCGAGACACGGACGCAGACGCAGACGCAGCCCACACCGCAGCCGCAACCGGGCAGCAACCGCGAGCUGGUCAUGAGAGUCACCACAGUUUGAGGGAGUGCAGUCGAGGCCUUAACCCAACAUGCCACU